AUUCCCACCAUGGAUGUGCAAGUAGAGGAGCAGGUUAAAGCGUUAAAAAUCGGUAGUUCGUCGGAAAAUAUAAUCAAAUUGCUCCGUCGAUUCCUCGCCGUGCAGCAACGCCGUGCCCUUGCUUAUGCCCGCCUUAAACGGGGAUUUGAGAAUUAUAUCGUUUCAGGGGGUGAGAUAGCUUACCAGCAGCUUUGCAGUGAGAUAACAGUCGAAUACAAUGAUUGUUCAAAGCAGGUCCUUGAAUUGGAAUCACUAUUCGCAAGUCCCGAUAGUUGCAGAGAGGAUCUAGCUCACUUGCUCCGAUCAGUUCAAGCACAAGAAAAGGAGAAAUUGAACUUAACAGCUACGAUUCAGGUGCUGAAAAAGGCCGGCCGGCCCUCAGAACGUCUGGUGAGUCACGAUAAUUGCCGAUUCAGAGAGUCAACGGGACAUGAGUGCCUUCACAUCCAGCAGAUAACCGAAGCUUCUGGCACAGAAGAGGCCGAGGCCGAUGCUCAGUACGAAAUUGCACUCAAGGAAGCCAUUAGAGGCGUGCAGGACACAGUCCUCGCAAUUAACCAACACUUGGAAGAAGUCAGGUACGAGAUUGAAGCUCUUGAGGCCGAAUAACCAUUCUAAGUACUACUGUGAAGUGCUUUUCUUGGGGACUUUAUAUUGGGAAAGUAAAUUGUCCGUAUUGGAAUCGGUUAUGUGAUAUUGGAAGUUUGGUUUUCGUAUCUUGUGUGUCCGUAGAAUAUCAAGACCGGCGUAAAAGGAUAAUCAAAUCACCAGAGCAGCAAAAUAAAAUAAAAUAUUAGAUGCUUACAUCAUAUGAAAAGCCAUUGACUGAAACCUUCAAUGGAUCAAAUAAAAACAAAUAUUGUGAGAACCCUUUACUUAUUAUUAUUACUCCAUACUCUAGCAAAUCUAUCUAGCUAAAACACAGACUCCAAGUCAGCAUCCGAACUAGAAACCGAAGCAGAAACAGCCCCCCGGACGAGACUUCUUGGGGGACUUCUUCUUUUGCGGAGCUGCCGCACGCUCAGCAGAAACAGCCACCGGACCAGACUUCUUCUUGUUCGACUUCUUCUUCUUUACGCUCUUGCUCGAGCUUGUGUCGGAAAAAGAGUAGGAGCUAGAGCUGGAGCUCGUCGAGCUAGCAUCGGAAUUAGAUGAAAUAGAGGUCGAAGUAGUUGAGCUGUGCCUGCAGCCCCUCCUCGGUGGGGAUGAAGACGAGGAUGAAGAAGAAGAAUAGUACUUCAUGUGUGUGCAUCUCUUGUGCUUGCACUUGCUACUGCUGGCUUUUUGGCUAGCUUUGCUGCUGCUUGCUUUGCCGCCACCACCCAUUGUUUUGUGAUGGGGGAGCUUUAAUGAAUACUGAGUAUACACAGGAAAAUUAUGUAUAUAUAGAUCUAGGGGAUAUCGGUUAUUUGGAAAG